CCUUGUGCAGGACUAGGCGCUCCUCGAAGCUGAUUUAUACAAUACAAGUGUCGACACUCGACAGUGGUCGUUGAGCUCUAAGCAGACAACAGAGAGUAUAGGCUGUGCUAUCGAUCCUUUUUAAAAACUUUCUCGUAUGUGUUUGGCUGCCUAUUGUGUUUAGUGGCGAGGCUUGUGUCCUAACCGGUGAUCGACAAAAACAAAGAGUGGCGUGUAGAGCAGCGUCAGGGGGAUCACCUAUCGACCGUAUUUUGUCAAAUUUCAUCAUUCUCUCUCUCUCUCUCUACAAAGAUAUACUCGGUCCCGGCUAUAUUUAGCUCUGCUGUUUUUCCCUUUUAAAAACAUUGAAUAACUAUUUUACCUACCACAGUGUGUGUGUGUGUGUGUGUGUGUGUGUGUGUGACUUGAACCCAAAACUCUUUAGUCCAUCUCUGUUGGGAGAUGGCAGGGAAAUAAAACAGCAGUUUGGUUUUUUCCCCCUCUAUCUCUACCAGUGUGUGUGUGAGUCGACGACGACGACUAAAAAAGAGGGUAGAGGGAUAGCCCGAUUCGAGGUAUAACUAUAUAUAUAUAUAUAAAUAUAUACAGGAACACACAGCAGGGGAAAAAGAAAACAUGCCCCAAAGAGUGCCUGGGGCAUGUCAAGGUGAAGGUUACUGCCAAUGCCGUCAAUAGGUCGAUCCUCGAGCUGCACGAGUGGCUGAACUACUUGCAACGAACAAGUCUGCUCUGAUCCUAAAUUUCGGUGUCGACUGGAUUUUUGCGACGCGGCCUCUCUUUUGAAAAGGAGGAGGAGGACGUCAACUUCCUUCAUGGCUUUUUCAGGGCUGCAUUACUUUGCUGUCUGCUUCGUCGUCUUCGUCUCUUUGGCCGUCCGUUCAUCCCUCUCAGCCAUCAAUCAAGAUGGCGAUGCAGUCAAGUGCACCGGACCGGACCAGUUUGCCUGCGCCGACGGAUUACGAUGCAUCCCGGCCAAUUGGCGAUGCGACAGCUCGCCGGACUGUGCCGACACAUCGGACGAACCAUCUGAUUGUCCGCCACUGACUUGCCAGCCGGGACAAUUCCAAUGCGUUGGGAGUGGCCACUGCAUUCCCAUCCACUGGGUAUGCGACGGUGAAGCCGACUGCGGAGCAUCCGCUCCUGGUAUCGAUUCGUCUGACGAGGAUCCCGUCAAAUGUCACGCCAAUAUCACUUGCCCGCCAAACAACUUCCGCUGCCCGGAUGGAUCUGGUUGCCGUCUUAUCGCGUCCCUUUGCGACACAACGGCCGACUGCUCCGAUGGCUGGGACGAAGGACCAUUUUGCCAAAACGUGAGCCAAUGUCAAGGCGCCGGAUGUCAACACGGAUGCAAGCCCAGCGCCGACGGACCGCUCUGCUUCUGCAAAGAGGGAAGUCAGCCUAAUGGAACCGAUUGCGUCGAUGCCGACGAGUGUGCCGUCGAAGGCUCUUGCGAUCAACUGUGUACCAAUAGCAAUGGAUCCUUCAGCUGCGACUGCGUUGGCGGAUACCAGAAAGACGGCCAGCGAUGUCACGCCCUCAAUGAACCUGAAAAUGAACUUGCCUCGCUGUUGUUGGUGACUUCGAUCGACGUCCGACAUGUCCACCUCAACGGCACCCCCAUUAACGGAGCUAGUCGACACGCCACGGUCGAAACGCAGACUUUGGAGUUCAAUCACCGCAACCGCACCGUUUGCUGGCUGUAUCACCUCGUUCCCAUGGUGGUCCUCCGUUGCGCUCUUGUGGCCGAUUUGACUGUCAGCUGGGAUUUACCUCCCCCCACCAUGUUUAGUUUGAAUACCGUCAGUCAGGUGGCUCUAGACUGGGUCUCCGGUAACUGGUAUUUCCUUGAUGACAACAAAGAACUCAUCUUCCUGUGCAACAGCACAUUGACUAUUUGCACGACGGUGGUGGAGGUCAAUUUAAAUAAGCCGCGCGCCCUGGCGUUGGAUCCGCCCAACGGAUUGAUGUUCUUUACCGUUUUCGGCUAUAAUUCACCCCGAAUCGAACGGGCCGGAUUAGACGGCAGCAACCGUCAAUCUGUUGUCAGCGAUAAGGUCGUCUACCCCGUCGGCUUAGCUCUUGACUUGGCAAACAGUUAUAUCUAUUGGAUAGAUACUUAUUUGGACGUCAUAGAGCGAGCCAGCUACGAUGGCACCAAAAGGAAAACAGUCAAGAAAGGCUAUUUGGUGCGGAACCUUUACGGCAUCAGCUUGUUCGAGAACGAUUUAUAUGUGACCAACUGGCGUAACGAGAGUGUGUACCGCAUCAACAAGUAUACAGGCGAAUCUGUGCUAGCCUUGAAGAGCAACAAGAGUCGACCGUUUUCCAUCCACGCCUACCACCGUCAACGACAGCCAGAAGGCAUUAACCCGCCGUGCAAGUUAACCAACAAUAAUUGCCAGCACCUAUGCGUUCCGCUGGGUAAGAAUGGAAACACCACCCAAGGUGGCAACGCCACAGCAGCCCAAGGCAACGCGGUCUGCAUGUGUAAGGCCGGAUAUAAAUCCGUCAAGGAUGGGCGAUGUACCCCCAUCAAACAAGCCCAGUUCCUCGUCUACGCCCAGGGAAAACCCUCCAUGAUUAAAAGUGUUGGGCUGACGCCUGUUGGAAACCCAUCAUGGCCGUCCACUCCGGGCGAGAGCUGGCAUCAACAAGCCAUGGUUCCCAUUACAGAGGUCGGCCUGGUGGGCGCCCACGACUUUCACGUGGCAUCGCAGUCCAUCUACUUUUCCGACCGCCUGCGAUUGACGAUCGAACGCCAAAAAAUCGACGGCAGCAGCCGUCAAGUUCUUCUUGAACAAGGAUUGGACUCUUGCCAGGGCCUGGCCAUUGACUGGAUGAGUCGUAACAUUUACUGGACCGACGAGGGGCGGGGCGCUAUCAGUGUCUCCCGUCUUGACAGUAUGGAGGAAGCCAAUCUCAGCAAACGACGACUCCUCAUCAGCGUACCCCACCCUCGAUCCAUCGUGGUUGAUCCCAAACGCGGCCUCAUGUACUGGUCACAGUGGGAAUCGGUCGUUCAGGUGUCUGUGCUCGACAUCAACACGCCGGCCACCAUCCAGCGUGCCUGGAUGGACGGAACUCACAUCGAAGUCCUAGUCAGGCAAAAUUUACACUGGCCCAAUGGUUUGACCAUCGACUACGCUGGAAAGAAAAUGUAUUGGUGUGAUGUCCAUCUCGGACGCAUUGAGCGGAUCAAUUUGGAUGGCACCAAUCGAGAGCUGAUUGCGUCAGCGUCAGAGAACCUUCACCGGCCCUACGGCCUGGCUCUCAGUGACAGUUUCCUCUACUGGACUGAAAAAGAUGCCGGCAAAAUUCAACGGCUCUCCUUGAACAACCUUUCGCUGCCAAUCGAAACGUUACGGACGGAAAAUCGGGUCUUGUUCGAUAUCAAACUCUUUGACAACACCUCCCAGACAGGAGAGAAUAUCUGCAGUUCGAAUCCUUGUCCGGAUCUUUGCGUGGUGGUUCCCAAGGGCCACGUCUGCCUAUGCCGCGAGGGUUUCCAGUCGGAUCCAAAAAACAACCAAUCGUGCACGAUCCCGACUGCCGAGCUGACGACGUGCGACCCCAUCCAGGAGUUCCGUUGUCGCCGCAGCGGCACCUGCAUCGAGAAGCGGUUCUUGUGCGACGGAGAUUUCGAUUGUCCCGACCAGUCGGACGAGGACACGGCUCCCGGUGGCUCUUGCGAGCACGUGACGUGCCGCAAGGAUCAGUUCAAGUGCCGCACCAUUGGCUGCGUGGCGAGGUCGUGGGUGUGUGACGGCGACCGCGAUUGCAACGACGGAUCCGACGAGGAGGAAUCGCUCUGCCAGAACUCUUCGUGCAACACGAAUCAAUUCACGUGCCGCCAGACGGGCCGCUGCAUCCCCAAGGCUUGGGAGUGUGACUCUGAUCACGAUUGCGGCGCCGGUGACACUUCAGACGAGCACGACGGAUGCGCCAAUCAAAAGUGCGGGGUGGACGAGUUCACUUGCGCCAGCGAAAUGUGCGUUCCACUGGAUUUUGUUUGCGAUCGCGACGACGACUGCCGAGACGGCUCGGACGAGAAGAAUUGCCAGCACAUGUGCGAGUCUCCCGAGCACUACUACUGCGCUGCCGAUAACAAAUGUUUGUCGGCGGCCGCCCUCUGCAACGGCGUCGUCGAAUGCAGCACUCGAGAAGACGAGUCCAAUUGUUCGGCCGUCUCCAAACACGGAUGCGAAUCGCACGAGUACGACUGCGGAGAUGGAACUUGCAUUCCUUCCCUAUUGGUUUGCAAUUUGCAGCACGACUGUCUGGACGGAUCUGAUGAGCACGGAUGUGUCAACGUCACUUGCCGGCCCGGUGAAUUUGUAUGCGCCGACAAUUCGCGUUGUUUACCCUCCGUCUGGCAGUGCGAUGGCAGCGAGGAUUGCUCGGACGGAUCCGACGAAAAAGGAUGCGCCUCCAAGACUCCAACGUGUUUGCAUCCGUCGCGGUUGUGCGACAAUCAAACUCGAUGCAUCGACGCCAGUUUGCUCUGCAAUGGCAAAGCGGAUUGCACGGACGGAUCGGACGAAUCGGACCGGUGCAGCGAGAAACUCUGCUCACACGCUCACGAUUGCAGCCACGUGUGCCACAACGCUCCCGAAGGCGUGGUCUGCUCUUGCCCAUUGGAUUCCGGAUUGACGCUUGGCAAUGAUAGUAAAACCUGCUCUAUCUCUCACCCGUGCGAACAAUGGGGCACCUGUUCCCAAUUGUGCAUACCCGUCAGAUCCAAACAUCAUUGCGCCUGUUUCCCCGGCUAUGAAAAACAGCCGGAUGGCUUCACUUGCAAAAGCACCGAUCCGUCAACACCCUACAUCAUCUUCAGCAAUCGCCACGAACUACGCGGGAUUGACUUGCACACGCACAACGUCAAGGCUCUCAUUUCCAGUUUGAAGAACACGAUCGCCCUGGACUUUUACCACAGCUCAGAAGCCGAUGUCAUCUUUUGGACUGAUGUGGUCGAUGACAAGAUCUACCGGGGGACGCUCGUCGGCGGAUCCCUCACCAACAUCGAAGUCGUCGUCCAAACUGGACUGGCCACUGCCGAAGGACUGGCCGUCGAUUGGAUUGGCGAGAAUCUCUAUUGGGUCGAGAGCAAUCUCGACCAGAUUGAAGUCGCCAAACUCAACGGCAGCUUCCGCCGGACGCUGAUCGCUGGAAACAUGGAAAGUCCAAGAGCCAUAGCCCUGGAUCCCCGCCACGGAAUCCUCUUCUGGACGGAUUGGGAGUCGGGUCAUCCGCGCAUCGAGUCGUGCAGCAUGAGUGGUGAUGGCAGGAAAGUCGUCGUUCGGGUUGACGCCGUUUCAGACGGAGCCUGGCCCAACGGCCUCACUCUCGAUUACGGUGCCGAGAGGAUCUAUUGGAUUGACGCCCGCUCGGACUCGAUCCAUACGGCCAAAUACGAUGGAACCGACCCACGGGAAAUCAUACGCGGCCACGAAACUCUGUCGCAUCCGUUCGCCAUUGCCCUGUUUGAAAAUCAUGUCUACUGGACCGAUUGGCGAACCAAUUCCGUCAUCCGCGCAAACAAGUGGAACGGCUCCGACGUUACAGUCAUCCAACGGACAUUGACGCAGCCUUUCGACAUCCAGAUUCUGCAUCCCAGCCGCCAGCCAUCUGAUUUCAAAAAUCCCUGCGGCACCAAGAACGGCAAUUGCUCUCACUUGUGUUUGCUGAAUUUCAACGGCACCUAUCGUUGCCAUUGCCCGCAUGUUAUGAAGCUGGCCGAGGACGGGCGAAGCUGUAUCCGAAACGAACGUGUCCUUCUCUUUUCUCGGCCCAACGAAAUUCGCGGGGUGGACUUGGACAAUCCGUAUUAUCACAUCAUCCCGCCAAUAAGUCUUCCGCAAGUUCUUCAGGCCGUCCAGCUGGAUUUCUAUGGACAAGAACGACGAAUUUUCUGGGUCGACGCACAACUCAAUGAAGUGAAACGGGUCGGAUUGGUUGGUUCGCCGAUUGAAACGGUCAUCGACACCGCCAUCAAGAAUCCGCACGGAAUGGCCAUUGAUUGGCUGUCGCGGAAUCUCUUUUUCAGUUCCAGCGACGGCACCCGAAAUCACAUCUCUGUGUGUAGCCUGGACGGUGAGUACGUCACUCGCAUCAUCGAAGAUGAUGUCUAUCAAGUGAGAUCGAUGGCCGUCGAUCCGACCCAAGGAAAACUCUUUUGGAGUGAAACCGGCCGACCUCAACAACAAGAGCAUCUCAUCUUUAUGGCCAAUAUGGAUGGCAGCGAGCGGACCAUCCUUGCCAAACUCACUUACCACUCAGAGGACUCCCCCAAGAGCCUAACCUUCGACGUCCAGGACAAGCGUCUCUACUGGAUCGAUGUCGAAAGUCAGUCGAUCCAGUACUACAAUUUCGCCACCCAAAAAGUCGUCCAUUUGUCGUCUAAUCUGACGACGCUCAAGUUACCCACGGCGUUGGCCGUCUUGGGCGAUCAGAUCUAUUGCGCCGAUAAGGACGACGCAGCCAUUCACGUCAUUGACAAAACAGUCGGCACUCACGACUCCAUUCUACGGACCAACAUUGACAAUGUGCUGGCACUCAAAAUCUACGAUCCCGAACUGCAGACGGGCACCAACGAAUGCAUGAGCAAACGGAACCAAUGCGCUCAUUUGUGUCUCCCCAUCGCCACUUCAAAGUUGAUUUGCAAAUGCGCUGCCGGAUACGUGACUGACCCCAAGAACCCCAACAACUGCGUCAGCGUUGAUUCGUUCAUCCUGUACUCACUCAACGGAGAAAUCAAAGGCGUUGCAUUAGGGGAGACCGUCAACGUUACCAACCACACGGAAGUCCUUGGUCCAAUUUCCCGCAUUCAAAUGGCUAACAGCAUCGAUUUCCUGGCCGUCGAUGGGUACAUCUAUUGGGUGGACAGCGACCACGGUAGCAUCGUCAGGAUUCGUCGAGACGGAACCGGACGUCAAGUCAUUGCCCAAGGGUUGGAUUCAGUUGAAGGCUUGGCCAUUGAUUGGAUCGCCGGUAACAUGUACUGGACCAAUCCCAAGUUUGACGUGAUUGAAGUGGCCAACGUCAAUGGAUCAUUCAAGUACGUUGUAGUGGCUGGCGACAUGGACAAACCCAUGGCUAUCACCGUUGAUCCGGUUGCUGGCUUUCUCUUUUGGACGGACCGCGGUCGGAUACCUCGAAUUGAACGCGUUCGACUGGAUGGAUCGGAUCGCCGAGUGCUUGUCAACGAGUCCAUAUUUUUCACGACCGGAUUAACGCUGGAUUACCAGAACAAGAAAGUAUAUUGGUGUGAUUCGCGACUGGAUACCAUCGAGAGCAUGGAUUACGACGGUGGCAAUCGCCAAGUUCUACUGGACAAGACCCACCUAGAAAAUCCGCAAGGCAUCUCCAUCUAUCGGGAUCAGAUUUUUUGGAUCGACACUACGCAGGAUGGCGGAACGCUGAAUCAGGCUCCGACAUCCAACGUGUCCGAUCACCAAGUCGUCCUCUCACAACUGGGUGAAUCUCUCAAAGACAUCAAAGUGUACAGCAAAGAACGGCAGGAAGGCACCAAUCCUUGUUCCAUCCGCAACGGUGACUGCAAGGAAUUGUGUCUGUUUAACGGUUCCAGUGCCGUUUGUGCCUGUGCUCAUGGCCAAGUCAGUGCCGACGGAAGGGACUGCGAGGAAUUCGAUGCCUUUGUCGUCUAUUCCAGGAUGACCCGCAUUGAUUCGAUUCACAUAAGCGACGCCAAUAAUUUCAAUGCGCCAUUUCCUAGCAUUGAAUCGAAGGAAUUCAUACGCAACGUCAUUGGUCUUGGCUACGACUAUCAGCGACGCCUCAUCUUUUACUCUGACAUCCAGCGAGGCAGCAUCAAUUCCGUCUACUUUAACGGGACUCGUCACAAGGUCAUCGCCGAGAAACAAGGAAUGGUCGAGGGAUUGGCUUACGACAGUAAAGACGACUCGUUAUACUGGACUUGCAAUAGUGAUUCUACCAUCAGUAAAGCUGUUCUUAGCCACAAGAACGCCACCGUCGAGAAAGUUGUCCGUUUGACGACCGAAGACAAACCACGAGGCAUUGCUCUCGAUCCUUGCGACUCGCGUGUUUACUGGACAAACUGGAACUCUCGCAAUCCUGGAAUCCAACGAGCCUAUUACACAGGGUUUGAUGUCCAGUCAAUCAUUACGACCGACAUUCGUAUGCCUAACGCCUUAGCGCUCGAUUUGGUGGCCCAAAAACUCUACUGGUCUGACGCUCGACUCGACAAAAUGGAACGAGCCGAUUUGGAUGGCAAGAACCGUGUGGUGCUGUCCAAGGUUUCGCCACAGCAUCCGUUCGAUAUCGCCGUCUACGGUAACUACAUCUUCUGGACGGAUUGGGUUCUGCACGCCGUAUUGCGAGCGAACAAAUAUACGGGCGAAGACGUCGUCUGGCUCCGCAAGGAAGUCCCACGGCCGAUGGGCAUUGUCGCCGUCCACAAUACCACUUACGACUGCAGCGCCAACCCCUGUAGGGCUUUGAACGGUGGAUGCGAGGAUCUGUGUCGAUUGGAUGAAUACGGAAAAGUUUCUUGUCAGUGUUUUCCCGGAAGAACGGUACUCAGGUCGGAUCCAAGCCGCUGCGGAAGGCAGAGCACCAACUGUUCGGCCAUGGAAUUCGAGUGCAGCAGCGGUGACUGCAUCCCUUUCCAUUUCACGUGUGACGGCGUGGCUGAAUGUCCCGACUUUUCUGACGAGCUUCCCACCUAUUGCAUGUUCCGUAAAUGUCUGCCCGGUUUCUUCCAAUGCCAAAAUAGCAGAUGUGUGUUGCAAAACGCUUCCUGCGAUGGACAAAACGACUGCGGGGAUUUCAGUGACGAAGCCAAUUGCACUUGCAGCACUAGUCAAUUCCGAUGCACUUCCGGCCAUUGUAUAUCAAACAGUUUUAGAUGCGACACUGAUCCCGAUUGUCCAGAUGCUUCAGAUGAAAUGGGUUGCCCGCAACCCAACUGCACCUUAAGUCGAGCUGUCAACGCUCCCGCUCAGAAAUUGCAAAAUUGCCGCAACACGACGGCAUGCAUUCAUCCGUCAUGGAUAUGCGACGGCGCGAACGAUUGCUGGGACAAUUCGGACGAGCUCAAUUGCACCAGUCCCGGAUCGACAACAGGGCCGUCUGGGGGACCGUCCGUGACAGACGGCCAAUCUUGCCCAGCAUCAGCAUUCCAAUGCCGCAAUGGCAAGUGUAUUACGCAUGCCUGGUUAUGCGACCGUGACGACGACUGUGAAGAUUCCGUCAAUGGAACGCUCAGCUCCGACGAAGUCAACUGCGACUACACUUGUCGGCCCGACCAGUUCAAAUGCAACAAUUCAGAUUGCAUUCCAUCAAUGUGGCGUUGUGACGGCACCGAAGACUGCACAGAUGGUUCCGAUGAAUCGGGUGACUGCCAAACAAGGGUCUGUGGUGAGACGGAAUUCCGAUGCAACACCACAGGUCGAUGCAUUCCAUCCUUGUGGGUAUGCGACGGCGACGUUGACUGCUCAGAAGACGGAUCAGAUGAAAACCCAUCGGUUGGAUGCAGUCCGAACCUUUCGCCCGACAAAUCCCGACCGGCUUGUCAUCACAACGAGUUCCGCUGUCUCAAUCGCCGAUGCGUCCUCAAGCUCUUCUACUGUGAUGGCGACGAUGACUGCGGAGAUUUAAGUGACGAGCCGCCCUACUGCGCUCACGUGAGCAAACACCACUGCGCGCCCAACGAAUUCCAGUGCCGAAACCGGAAAUGUAUCACACGAUCCAAGACAUGCGAUGGUCGCGACGACUGUGACGACGGUUCCGACGAAGACGUCAUAUCUUGUUCCAUGUCCUCCAACACCAACACCACCAAAGGAGAGUGCCUGGCCGGCCAAUUCCGUUGUGCAAAUCGUCUCUGCGUCAACUCUGCGCUUUUGUGCGACGGCCGUAACGAUUGUGGCGAUUUCAGCGACGAAAACAAAUGCAACGUCAACGAAUGCGAGCCCAUCAACCCGUGCGCCCACACCUGCGUCGACAAGCCGGUCGGUUUUGAGUGCCAGUGCAACGAAGGAUACAAGACCAACCCCAAAGACCCGCUUCUUUGCGCUGACGUAGACGAGUGCGCUCUGCAUCCCCGUCCUUGCUCUCAGGUCUGCCGUAAUACAAUCGGAUCUUACAUCUGCUCCUGCACCGAUGGAUUCGCCAUCCACAACGGCACCGGUUGCAAGACAAAUUCCAGCAUCGCUCCAACGGUCCUGUUCUCCAACCGCUAUUACAUCCGGGAAGUACACUUGCACAGUCGAGUGGCUUCUGUUCGAGCCCACAACUUGACCAAUGCCGUUGCUCUCGACUACGACUGGCUGGAGCAGUGCCUAUACUGGUCGGACGUGACCGAAUACGGGUCGAGUCUCAAGCGACUUUGUGGAAAUGACACAAGCCAGGAUCAACAACAGACCUUGCACUCGGCCACACUGCAAAACCCUGAUGGUCUAGCCGUUGAUUGGGUUGGCCGUAAUUUGUAUUGGUGCGACAAGAAGACAGACACGAUUGAAGUUUCGAAACUGGACGGUCGAUUUCGUAAGAUCCUACUGCACGAAGGACUACAAGAGCCUCGAGCUAUUGCUUUGGAUCCCAGUCAGGGCUAUCUUUACUGGACUGAUUGGGGUGACAAGGCCCACAUAGGCAAAGUUGGGCUAGACGGGAGCCAACCGCGAGUCAUAGUCAAUACGUCACUUGGCUGGCCUAAUGCGUUGGCAAUUUCUUACGAAACAAACGAAGUCUUUUGGGCGGACGCUCGUGAAGAUUACAUUGCUGUUGCUGAUUUGGAAGGUCGAAAUCCUCGCAUCGUCUUGAGUCGUGGCGACAACACCAACGCCCGUCUACACCACAUUUUCGCCCUGACGGUGUUUGAAGAUUCCAUUUACUGGACCGACUGGGAAACUAAAUCUGUUGAAAAGUGUCACAAAUAUAAUGGCGGCGAUCGCGAGACCAUCAUCACGACCAUCCACAGACCCAUGGACAUUCAGGUCUACCACCCGUUGAGACAGAGGCCGCUGGAGAAGAAUCCUUGCGAAAACAACGGCAAUUGCACAGCCCUGUGUUUGCUGAAGCCAGGCGGAGGUAGCCAAUGUGCUUGCCCGGAAAAUUUCGUCCUCGCCAGUGACGGCGUUUCGUGUCUCAAUAAUUGUUCAUCGUCACAGUUUGUCUGCGCCACCACCUAUAAAUGCAUCCCGUUCUGGUGGAAAUGCGAUACUCAGGACGACUGUGGCGAUCGUUCAGACGAACCUGCCGAUUGCCCGGCUUUCACCUGUAUGCCUGGGCAAUUCCAGUGCAGCAACGGCCACUGCAUUCACCCGUCACUGCUCUGCAAUGGCGAAUCGGAUUGUGGCGAUGGCUCUGAUGAAAUCAAAUGCGAGACCCACACCUGCCUCAGUUCCCAGUUCAAAUGCCGUGGCAACGGAACGCUGUCCGAUCGGUGCAUCGACUCGAAUCAGCGAUGUGACGAUCAGGCAGAUUGCCCGCUGGGUGAAGACGAAAAAGACUGCCCACCGGUGACAUGCCCGUCCAAUCAACAUCGAUGUGGCACCGACAGCAAGUGUAUUCCAGCUGUUUGGGUCUGCGAUGCAGAUCACGACUGUCCUGAUGGGUCGGACGAGCCAGCAAAUUGCACCCAGCGCGCCUGUCCCGACAACCAUUUCCGAUGCCGUUCGGGACGGUGUAUUCCACUGACGUGGAAAUGUGACGGCGAUAAAGAUUGUCCGGAAGGUGAGGACGAGCCGGACUCGUGCACUAAUCCCGACAUACACACGUGUGAACCAACUUAUUUCAAGUGUGAGAACAACAAAUGUAUUCCUGGGCGCUGGCGCUGCGACUACGACAACGAUUGUGGCGACGGAUCGGAUGAGAAGGGUUGCACACCGCGCAACUGCAGCGAGUCGGAAUUCCGUUGCGGAGACGGCCGUUGUAUCCGUGGCUCGUUGCGCUGCAACGGAGAGUUCAACUGCGACGACCGGAGUGACGAAGCCGAUUGCAACACGACCUGCAGCGAAGGCGAAUUCCAGUGCGCCAAUCCCAAAUUCUGCAUCCAGGCCGAUUGGCGUUGUGACGGCGAUGUGGAUUGUGCCGACGGAUCGGAUGAAUUCCACUGCAACACGACGUGCUCACCAGACGAUUUCGCCUGCGCCAACGGCGAAUGCACCUCUCUCCUGUGGCGCUGCGAUGGCGACAACGACUGCAGCGAUGGAUCGGAUGAAGCCAGAGACAUGUGUGCUCAUCUUGGAUGCCCGCCCGGCAAAUUCCGCUGCCGCAACUUCCUCUGCAUCCCGCAGACGGAAGUUUGCGACAAUUACAAGGACUGCGAGGACGGAUCUGACGAGGAACCUGCCGUGUGUCAGGCCCAGGGACUUUGUUUGCCGCACCAGUUUCGAUGCAGGAGCGGCCAUUGCAUUAAUGGCUCCAUGGCCUGCGAUGGAUUUAACGAUUGUGGUGACGGCAGUGAUGAAAUCGAUUGCCGUAGCCCGUCCGUCUGCAGUUUUGGCAAAUGCUCCCAGUUGUGCGUUGAAAAGAAGGGAGGCAAUCACAGUUGCAUUUGUGCUCCUGGCUUUGCGGCCAUGUCGACAGGAGCCAACAAACCCAAAACAUGUUUGGCUGAUGGCGAUGCCAGUCAAUUGCUGAUUGCCAGUGACAACAAAUUGCGACGACUCAGCCCCUUCAAAGCGGGAGAUAUCUCCGAUUCCGUCUUUAGUCCGGGCAGCAUCCGCAUAGAAGCGGCCGACGUCUUUUACAACGCAACAGAGCUCAUCGUGUUCUGGAGCAGUCCACACAACAAGAGCAUCCAUCGCUACGACAUGGCUGCAUCCACGCUGCACCAAUCGUCUAAUUUGGAAGACACGCAAACCAGCAGUCGACGAGGCAAAACUGAAACUCUCCUCACUGGGUUGGAAGAUCCCAGAGGUCUGGCCGUCGACUGGUUCGGUUUCAAUCUUUAUUGGGUUGACGGAACACACAAACUAGUCGGAGUCAUCAGCUUCGAUGGUCUUCUGCGACGCCAUCUGAUUUCUAGCGACCUGGAUCAGCCGCACGAUAUCGUUGUCGAUCCGCUGUCGGGUUCUAUGUUCUGGUCGGAUCUUGGUCUAAAUGCCCGCAUAGAAACGGCCCGUAUGGACGGCAGUUUACGUCGACUUUUAGUCGAUUCUGACAUUCUUUACCCUACUGGUCUGGCCAUUGAUUAUCCAGCUCGGAGACUUUACUGGGCUGAUCCAAAAACCGGAACUUUGGAGAGUGUCAACCUGGAAGGGAAAGAUCGAGUCGUAGUGCGUCGUUUUAGGUUAUCCAUAGAAGACAAGCCUUUCAAAGUCGACAUCUUUGAAGACUCUAUGUUUUUAGUGAUGCACCAAACCCAUGGAAUCGCUCGUCUUAACAAAUUCGGACAAGGCAAUCUGACGACCCUGGUGUCUGGUCUGAAUCGAGCUUCUGACAUAAUCGUCGUACAAGAAAACAAACAAACGCGUCAAAGUAGCAAUCCUUGCAGCACCAAAUGUAAUCCGGGCGCUUUGUGUCUGCUGAGCUCGUCUACCAGCCGCACCUGCAGUUGCACCAUGUCCAUGACGACGACAAUGGUGGGCACUGAUGUCACUUGCCAACCUCCCGUUUGUGGAUUGGAUUGCAAUUCCGGCAAGUGCGUCGUUGAUGACCGGGGAAUGGCCAGUUGUAAAUGCCCCUCGCUCUAUGAGGGCGACCGCUGUGAACGCUACCGUUGUUCCGGUUACUGUCGCAACAAAGGCGUCUGCUACCCUGAUUUGCUCGUGUCCGAUCCACCGCCUCUAAAAUGUAGCUGCACGCCGGAUUGGACGGGUGAACGCUGUGAAACACGCGCGACUGCCUGCGAGGACCGUUGUCAAAAUGGAGGUUCGUGCAUCCAAACAGCAAGUGGAACGUCUUGUUCGUGUCCUUCUGGUUUCUCCGGCGAGUUUUGUGAAAAUUGUCCAUCACUGAACUGUUUGCACGGCGCCUUUUGUCGUGCCAUCGAGAAGGAAACAAAGAACAAGGAGAAAGAAAAUCGCGACAAGAACAGCGAAAAUGACAAGGAACGAAAGUUUGUUUGUUCCUGCCCACCUGGAUUCUCUGGCGACCGAUGCGAACGUUCCGAAUGCGACGACUAUUGCCCUCAGAGCGAAUGCACGAUGAACGAGCUCGGAGUCCCGCAAUGUUUAUGUGCUCCCGGCUUCACUGGCAAAAAAUGUGACAAUGACGUUUGCGCCGAGUUCUGUUUGAAUAACGGGGAAUGCUUGCGCAGCGCUAAGAAGAUCACCUGCAACUGCAAGCCGGGUUACACAGGCAGACGCUGUGAGACUCGUAGUGAAUGCUCCGACCCGUCCCAGUGCCCUGCCGGAACAUCCAACGCAACGGCCACCGUUUGCAACGGAUUUAACUGCCUCAAUGGUGGCCUCUGUGUUGCCAUUCGAGGCCAGGCUUUCUGUCGCUGCUCCGACGACUGGGCUGGACUGCACUGCGAAGACUACAGGGGCGACUAUAAUGCUUGCAAAGCCAUGUGCAUCAAUGGCGGUGUUUGCGUCUCGACCAAGGCGCUAAGUGUUCCUCGUUGCGAGUGUCUAGCCGACUGGACUGGACCACGCUGUCAGUACCGCAAAUCUUGCCUCAAUUAUUGCUUUAACGGAGGAACCUGCUCACUCAAUCCCGACGAAGAUCUCAAACCCACUUGCCUUUGUCAAGAGGGAUUCUAUGGCGUACGCUGCCAGACAGUAGGCAGCGAUCUCAAUAAUUCCAGCAGUCAGUCGACCAGCGGCAAGUCAUCAGUGAACGGUACGAUCACUGCCAUCGUCGUUGUACUCGUGAUUAUCGUCGUCAUAAUCGCGGCUGCCACAGCUGCAGUGACCGUCAUGCGUAAGCGUCGCAGGGGGAAACCUUUCAUGCAUGUGAGGAUGCAAAGUCAAGAGAACGUCGAAAUCAGCAACCCCAUGUAUCUGAGAGAGGACGCCGACGAAGAUGUGGAAUCUUUGGAUCCCACUUUUGUGAUCGCCAGUAAUAAGGCGACCAACUUCGCUAAUCCUGUCUACGAGUCAAUGUACAACGAUGUAGCAGCGGGCAGUAGCGUCAACGAGGAAAAGAAAGGAUUGCUUCAAAGCGAACCGCCACACCCACUUGAACCACACAAGGAUCAUCCCUUGGCCGAAAACGGGGAAUCUUUUACGUAGAUCUUAUUUUAUUUUAGAUUUUUUUUUGUUUGUAUUCUUUGAAUUCGUCAAUGAUGCUGACUCCAUCCUGAUAAAUUUGCCCCCAGCGAUGGCUUGCUGGAACAAGAUUGUGGCUGAUCGCACCUUUUCGGAUUGAAGACGAUCCCCACUUUGAAAACAGAAUUGACGUUAAAGUCACACCGAUUGCGAUUUUAAUAAUAAUGAUAUUUUUUUUUUAUUGCACUUCGUUCAAGUUGUUGGCGUCAGUUGAACGUCAUCAAUGGAGCUUUGGAAACUUUCCACAUAGUUUUUUUCGUCAGCUGCUCAAGACCUACACACUAAUUGUAUCAUAUCUUUUCGCAUAACUGGACAGCAUAUUAUUUAGCUAAUGUGAUAUCUCUGUUGUCUAUUUCACCCGAUAUUCGACUGGCAAUUUCAUUGAUGUUGAGCAAACCAAGCGGAAUGUUACUCAUCCUUUUUUUAAUUAUUAUUUCUUUUUUUAUUACUUCUUUUUUUUUUUUUUUAUUUUAUUUUUGCAACAGUGCAAACAUGCGGGCAUCGUGACGAAUAGUGUCCCCGUUUGCUUGUCCUUCAAAAUGUUGACAUUGUCUGUUUCAGAUUGAACAAGAUCCCGAUACAUCCCGACUUUAGUUAUUGAUCAUCCCUUUGUAUUCAUGCUCUCUUGAUUUAUACAACUUUUACCGAUCAAUACACCAAUAAAGAAAAAUCCA